AUGGACGUCGACGACGAUCUUGAAUUGCAAGAUGAGGGGACAAAUGCCGAGGAGAUGGACUCUGAUCUCGACUCUGCGAUUGAGGAUAUGGAGCCGCCCGCGCAGCCCGAUCUUCUUUCAAUAACGUCAGAUAUUUUCGAGUAUCAGUUUGAAAACGGCAGAUCGUACCAUUCGAUGAGCGAAGGCAAAUAUGCGUAUCCGAAUGACGAUCUGGAACUCAUACGUUACGGUACGUGUUACCAUUGGUUCCCUUCCCUGCAACUUUACUCACAGCGAGUAGAUCUUCAACAUCAUCUGUGGUUGAUCACACUCGAUGGAGAAUUAGCGACAAGCCCUGGGAGAGAGACGGCAAGGCGAGUUCUGGAUCUGGGAACCGGAACUGGAAUCUGGGCGAUUGACUUUGCCGAUGCAUAUCCCGGCUCUGAGGUUAUCGGUGUGGACUUAAGCGCCAUUCAACCUGACCUGGUUCCCGCCAACUGCAGUUUUGAGGUAGAUGACCUCGAGCUCGACUGGCCUUGGGAACAACCCUUUGACUAUAUAUUUAAUCGGUCCUGUUCAGGCAGUUGGUCAGAUUUUCGAUCUAUGAUCCAAAGAGCAUACGAUCAUCUGGAGCCCGGUGGCUACUUCGAGGUUCAAGACCUCGAGCUUCCAUCUCACUGUGACGACGGUUCCGUGCCACCGGACGCCGCUCUCUACCGCUGGCAACACGCGCUUGUGGAUGCCUCAAACGAGGUGGGUCGGCCUAUCAACUACGCUGUAGACUGUCUUGACGAUCUUCACAACGUUGGCUUCAUCGAGAUACACCACCAGAUCUACAAAUGGCCUUUCAACAACUGGCCCGAUGACCCAAAACUCAAGGAAGCCGGUCGAUGGAACUGCGCGAAUCUCGAUAUGGGCCUCGAGGCGUUUUCUUUGGGCCUCUUGACCAGAGUAAAGGGCUGGACGCGAGAUGCCGUUGAGGAGUUGUGUGCAGAGGUCAAGAAGGAGGUGAAGGAUACGAGGCUGCAUGCCUACUGGAGACAACACGUUAUCUAUGCUCGGAAACCUUGUAAACCAUCAAUAACAUAG